UGGACGGUACAGAUCUUUCAAUUCUCUGUAAUCGAACGGCUUCUUCACUUGUCGGAUCACCUUGUCUUGCUCUCCAUGUGUGUUUCGUCGUCUUCCGAUUUUAGCACCAUUGGUCUCUGAAAUCAUAUCCCUGAAGCUCGCCUGUAUGUAUCUUUACGAAGAUACGAACGCCCUCAAGUUUUGAUUUUUCAUAUUUCUGGGUCAUCCGGAAUGUCAGCGUUGGAGUAUCUUUCACCGUUAACUUAUAGCAAAUUCUAUCUAAAUUCAAAUUCGAAUUUCUAUCAUUGGCAAGGAUGGGGCUUUUCCCUCCAGAAAUCGAGGGUAUUUUGCAAGAAUUCGAGCUAUUCCGUUGUGAAUUCCUUGGCUGUUCCGACAAAUAGAGCUUACAAGCAAGUUAAUUUGUCUCGGAAUUCGGAUAGGUUAAAUUUGUGGGUAGGUUUUGUGAGGAACUGCGGACUCAGAAAGGGUUGUUGUAGCGUUAGAGCUAAUGGUCAAGAAAGCGAUUCGACGGCCGCGGGUUCGGGUUCCGGUGAGAAGAGUGAAGCAGCGAAAGCCAGUGAGGGUCAAGGGGUCAAGAAUUCGCCGACUUCCGGUUCGAAUCGGAGGAGGGAGAAACAUGGGAGAGGUGGGUGGUGGUGGAAUUCUAAGGGAGGGAAGUGGAGAUGGCAGCCUAUAGUUCAGGCUCAGGAAAUUGGAGUUUUGCUUUUGCAAUUGGGGAUUGUGAUUUUCGUUAUGCGUUUACUUCGCCCUGGGGUUCCAUUACCUGGGUCUGAGCCGAGGACUCCCACUACGUUUGUUAGCGUUCCAUACAGCGAUUUCUUGAGUAAAAUCAACAGUAAUCAAGUACAGAAGGUGGAGGUUGAUGGGGUCCAUAUCAUGUUUAAAUUGAAGUCUGAUUUAGGAAGCGUUCAGGAUAGUGAAGCUGCGGGGACAAGUAAGUUGCAAGAGUCAGAAUCGUUGAUUAAGAGUGUUGCUCCAACGAAAAGGAUAAUUUACACAACAACAAGGCCAAGUGAUAUAAAAACUCCGUACGAAAAGAUGUUGGAAAAUGAGGUGGAGUUUGGGUCACCGGAUAAACGUUCUGGUGGUUUCUUUAACUCUGCUUUGAUAGCCUUGUUCUAUGUUGCUGUGCUUGCUGGGCUUCUGCACCGAUUCCCUGUGAGCUUUUCUCAGCAUACAGCUGGUCAGAUUAGGAACCGGAAACCAGGUACCUCUACUGGUGCAAAGUCAUCUGAUCAAGGCGAAAUUAUCACUUUUGCUGAUGUUGCUGGUGUUGAUGAAGCCAAGGAAGAGUUAGAAGAGAUUGUGGAAUUUCUUCGAAAUCCUGAUAGAUAUAUUCGACUUGGUGCUCGUCCUCCUCGGGGUGUUCUCCUGGUGGGUCUUCCUGGAACAGGCAAGACUCUACUAGCUAAGGCUGUGGCUGGGGAAGCUGAUGUGCCAUUUAUAAGUUGUUCUGCUAGUGAGUUUGUGGAGUUAUAUGUUGGCAUGGGUGCCUCCCGUGUGAGAGACCUAUUUGCACGGGCAAAAAAGGAGGCUCCAUCCAUAAUAUUUAUUGAUGAGAUAGAUGCUGUGGCUAAAAGUCGUGAUGGCAAAUUUCGUAUUGUUAGCAAUGAUGAACGAGAGCAAACCUUAAAUCAGUUGCUCACUGAGAUGGAUGGGUUUGAUAGCAACUCUGCCGUUAUUGUUCUUGGCGCAACUAAUCGUGCCGAUGUUUUAGAUGCUGCACUUCGUCGACCAGGAAGAUUUGAUCGUGUUGUUAUGGUGGAAACUCCUGAUAGGAAUGGAAGAGAAUCCAUCUUAAAAGUUCAUGUUACCAAGAAAGAACUUCCUUUAGCCAAAGAUAUCGAUCUCAGUGACAUUGCUGCUAUGACCACUGGUUUCACUGGGGCGGAUCUUGCAAACCUUGUAAAUGAAGCUGCCCUGCUGGCUGGAAGACAAAACAAAAUUGUUGUGGAGAAAAUUGAUUUUAUUCAAGCUGUGGAGAGAUCAAUAGCUGGCAUAGAGAAGAAGACUGCCAAAUUGCAGGGUAGUGAGAAGGCUGUAGUUGCGCGACAUGAAGCUGGUCAUGCUGUUGUAGGUACUGCAGUUGCAAAUCUUCUUCCUGGACAGCCACGUGUUGAGAAACUAAGCAUCUUACCAAGGUCGGGAGGGGCCUUGGGCUUUACUUAUAUUCCUCCAACCAAUGAGGAUAGAUAUUUGCUAUUCGUUGAUGAGUUGCGUGGUCGUCUGGUUACCCUUCUUGGAGGACGUGCUGCAGAAGAAGUUGUUUACUCAGGUAGAGUGUCAACGGGUGCACUUGAUGACAUUAGGCGAGCGACUGACAUGGCAUACAAGGCAGUAGCUGAAUAUGGUCUUAAUCAGACCAUAGGCCCUGUGUCAAUAGCGACUCUUUCUAAUGGUGGUAUAGAUGAGUCUGGAGGAGCAGUUCCUUGGGGAAGGGAUCAGGGGCAACUUGUUGAUCUGGUUCAAAGAGAGGUGAAAAUGUUGCUGCAGUCUUCUCUGGAUGUAGCACUUUCCAUUGUGCGAGCUAACCCUACUGUUUUGGAGGGUCUUGGUGCGCAGUUGGAAGAAAAAGAGAAAGUAGAGGGUGAAGAGCUACAAAAGUGGUUAAGAUUGGUGGUUGCACCGACAGAGCUUGCACUCUUUGUCCAAGGCAAGCAAGAGUCUCUUCUCCCUGUGCAGGUAUCCUGAAAAUUUGACUAGUUGUUUCUCAUGCUUGCAAUGUGGGGUGAAACCUGGAGUUUCAUCUUUGACAUACAUACAUGGCCGAAGCCAGAGAACUUGUCCCCCAGCUAGCAUCAGCUUACUCUCACAAGUUUUGUACAUUCCUCACUAAGGUAAAACUUGGCGCUAGUUUUAACACAUAGCCAGCCUGUUUGUGUUAACUCGCAAUUUUCUCAGGCAAGGCCGAGAAGUAAAGAUGAAAUCAUGAAAGAAAUACAUACAUGAGUGCCUCGUCACAGGUUUCAUAGCUUGUUGUCGCUUUAUCUAUUUUCAUUACAUAUUAGCAGAUAGUGAAAUCUGUUGUAUAUUGAUUAUUAUUUACGUGAUAUCCCGCUGUCUGCAAUUGUAAUUUUUAUACAGUUGUAUACAUCAUGAUUUUGUGAAAUAUAUAGUACUCUGCUACAUGUUUCUCCAAA